AUGAGCCAAGACUAUUUCAGCGGUAACGGCAAGGGCAAGGCCCGACUGCAACAGGAAACCGAUUCUGAUGGCGACAACCAUCAUGGCCACGCCAACGCGCCGAACAGCAACCACGCUUCUCCGCCACCCGCAGACUCGUCCUCUUCCAAUGUCCAGUACAUGACUGUCGGUAAUGGCAUGGCAUCUGAACAUGCUGCUCGCCUCCAGAGCAUGCUCGAAGUCGACUCCGGCUAUGGUGGGAGUGGAGCGGGCGACAAGCAGCAUCCCAUGGCUUCCGCCGCAGCAUGGGACAUGGCGAUGCAUCACGACCGACCUGCCUCGGGUGCUGUACACCAGAUGUGGUACAAUGCCCAUCGUGCAACACUCGGCCGUUCCAUCAACAAAGUGCUCGAAUUACUCCAGAAGCUACAAGAGAUGAACGCAUCCUGGCCCGCACAUUAUCCCUCUGUUCAACGAGCACGCCAGGACUCAUCCGGAAGCUCCUCACGCCCAACCCUUUCUCAUGCGCUCACGGGCAUGGAAAGCAAAGCUUCGACUUCCUCACACGCUCCCCGAAACCCUGCGUUACGACGAUCCAUGACGACGGUCGAAGACGGUGCCGCCGAAUCGAGCCGAGCUGCCGAGACUCGAUCUAUACCCGAGCCACGACUGGUCUCGCCCCAGAUUGCCCAAGAAUUCUCCAUAUUGAAGUUGGAUCUCAAGCUCGGAGCACUUCACCAGACUGAACUUGUGCAUUCGCUUGAGAAAAGUUCUAUUGCGUCACUACUUGAUGGAAAGAUCAGCUCCAGCAUCAAACAUCUUCUUGCUCUGCGCGAACGAAUCGAGGAUACUGCGAGUAAGGUUUUGAUCACUGGAGAUCUCAAUGCCGGCAAGUCGACCUUCUGUAACGCCCUACUACGCCGAAAGGUUCUACCUGAGGAUCAGCAGCCCUGCACUGCUAUCUUUUGCGAGGUCCUCGAUGCUAGGGAGAACUCCGGUAUUGAAGAGGUGCAUGCUGUCCAUAAGGACGUUCCUUACGACCGAAAUGAUGAGUCGACCUAUGAUGUGUUCUCGCUAAAGGAACUGGAGAAUAUCGUCAUUGACAAUGAGACUUACACUCAGUGCAAAAUCUACGUCAAGGAUAGCCGCAGCAUUGACGAAUCUCUCUUGAACAAUGGUGUGGUGGACAUUGCCUUGAUCGACGCCCCGGGUCUCAAUUCUGAUACAACCAAGACAACAGCUAUCUUUGCCCGGCAGGAGGAAAUUGAUGUGGUGGUGUUUGUGGUCUCGGCUGCCAAUCACUUCACGCAGUCUGCCAAAGAAUUCAUUUGGGCUGCCGCAGCUGAGAAGGCCUACAUUUUCAUUGUCGUCAAUGGAUUUGAUGUUAUUCGAGACAAGAAUCGAUGUGAAAAGAUGGUCCUCGACCAGGUUGCUGGUCUUAGUCCUCGAACUCACAAGGAACACUCCGAGCUCGUGCAUUUCGUGUCUAGCAAUGCCAUCCCUGUCGGUCCAUCUCCCCCAGGCGGCCCUGCCGGUAGCGGCAGCGGAAGUGGAGGCAGUGGUGACCCUGGCGAUGGUGACGACAAGGGCAAGGGCAAGGAUGCUGAGAAGGUGCGAGACUUUGAGGCGCUUGAGCAGUCAUUGCGAAGGUUCGUACUCGAGAAGCGCGCCCGAUCGAAGCUUGCACCAGCUCGAACUUACCUACUCAAUAUUCUCAAUGAUGUCGGCACUCUUGCAACAGUCAACCGAGAUGUGGCAGAGUCGGAGCUGGAGCGAGUGGUUCAGGAGCUCAGGGAGUUAGAGCCUCAACUGGAAUCUAGUCGCAGGGCUCGUUCUGAAGUCAGCGAGAAAGUUGACGCCAACCUUGAAGACACAUGCAAGGAUAUCUACGACUACACCCGAAACACCCUCAACUCGGCCAUUCUUCACUCCGGGAGCAGCCACUACGACGUGCCUUAUCCUGGUAUCUGGAAUGCUUUCCAGUAUGCAGAGGACCUCAAGGAGGCCAUGUUCUCUCGCAUUGCUGAUUCAGUGUCGAACUGCGAGGAUUAUGCUCGUAGUAAGACUGUUUAUGGCGUAAACACCAUCAAGCAGCUGGGUAUUCUGCACGUUGGCGACGAGUUCCAGAACCUCCAGUUCCGGCCCGACGUCAUGUUCCGACGCAAGCGAGACGCUCUUGCUCGUCAAGUCGAUAUCCCUACAGAGAUGACCGACUUUGUCGACUGGACCACCUUGUUGCAACGGCAGGAGAAGUUUGCCGGUACCGGCAUGGCCCUUACAGUUGCUGGCGCUGUUGUGCCCAGAAUGAUGGGUAUGAACACAUGGAUGGAUCAAGCCCUCACAGCAUCAAAAAUCUUGGGCAAUGACAACCUACGCCAGUUGAUUCUUCCUGGUAUCCUCGUGGCCGCUAUUGCCGCCUCCGCCUACGUUCUGCAGCAGAUUCCCAACUCUCUUCCUCCUCGCCUUGCUACGAAGAUCUCUACUCAACUUGAAGAGAUGGACUAUGUCCACUCCAACUCUGCCCGCAUCUCUUCAUCUGUUCGCAAGGUUCUCCGCAUUCCUGCUGAUAACCUUCGAGUUGGUCUCGACCAAAGUCUUAAGGAUCUGAGCGCUAAGCGCGAAGAAACUAUCAAGGUCAAGGGCGAGAGCGAGCGCGCUUCUCGUUUCUUCAGCAACCUUGUCCGCCAGAGUGAUGGCCAGCGUGUCCAGGUUGAAGGCGUUGACCUUGAGACACCGCCGCCAGGCAUGCACUGA